CCGCCCUACAUAAACCCUGCUCUCCUCCACUCCACUAGUCUCUCUCCUACUGUUUACACACUGCAGUGGCCUUGCCGGCGUCUUCCUCCCCCUCCUCUCUCUCGCUCCUCUGUCCUCUCCACUUGAUAAAGAACACAAUUAGGAAAAAAUAGGCAAAAAAACAUGUACCUUUUUUCUAUCUAUAUUAUCUGAAUAAAUCAAGAAGAGGAAGAGGGGAGAGGGAGCAGGGAGGGGGAGGAGUAGCAAAUCCAGACUCCAUAGAAUCAGCUCGCAAGAAGGGGAAAGGGAGGAGGAGCUUCGCUGGUGAAUUGAUUGCUCGCUGCUCCAGUCUCGCAUUCGUGCCGUUUUCGGCAAGUAGGUGGCGUGGCAAGCAUGGUGCCUGGCUAUGACUGCGCCGCCUCCGUGCUGCUGUGCGCGGAGGACAACGCUGCUGUUCUCGGCCUGGACGACGAGUCCUCUUGGGCGGCCGCAGCUACGCCGCCACGCGACACCGUCGUCGCCGCCGCCGCCGCCGGGGUUGCCGUCGACGGGUUCUUGACGGAGUUCCCCUUGCUCUCGGAUGACUGCGUUGCGGCGCUCGUGGAGAAGGAGGUGGAGCACAUGCCCGCGGAGGGGUACCUCCAGAAGCUGCAGCGACGGCAUGGGGACCUGGAUUUGGCCGCCGUCAGGAAGGAUGCCGUCGACUGGAUUUGGAAGGUCAUUGAACAUUACAGUUUCGCACCGUUGACUGCAGUUCUGUCUGUGAACUACCUCGAUAGAUUCCUCUCCACCUAUGACUUUCCUGAAGGCAGAGCUUGGAUGACUCAGCUCUUAGCAGUGGCAUGCUUGUCUUUGGCUUCGAAAAUAGAAGAGACUUUUGUGCCACUCCCUUUGGAUUUGCAGGUAGCCGAGGCAAAGUUUGUUUUUGAGGGAAGGACCAUUAAAAGGAUGGAGCUUCUGGUGCUACGCACCUUAAAGUGGAGGAUGCAUGCUGUUACUGCUUGUUCAUUUGUUGAAUACUUUCUUCAUAAAUUGAGUGACCAUGGUGCACCCUCCUUGCUUGCGCGCUCUCGCUCUUCCGACCUUGUCUUGAGCACUGCUAAAGGUGCUGAAUUCGUGGUAUUCAGACCCUCAGAGAUUGCUGCCAGUGUUGCUCUUGCGGCGAUCGGGGAAUGCAGCAGUUCUGUAAUUGAGAGAGCUGCUACUAGCUGCAACUAUUUGGACAAGGAGAGGGUUUUAAGAUGUCAUGAAAUGAUUCAAGAGAAGAUUGCUGUGGGAAGCAUUGUCCUAAAGUCUGCUGGAUCAUCAAUUUCCUCUGUGCCACGAAGCCCCAUAGGCGUCCUGGAUGCCGCUGCCUGUCUGAGUCAACAAAGCGAUGAUGCUACUGUUGGAUCUCCUGCAGUAUGCUACCAUAGUUCUUCCACGAGCAAGAGAAGAAGGAUCACUAGACGUCUACUCUAGUUGUGGAUUAUGGUUUCGUCAAGUAGUUGCCUGAAUGGAACAACAAAACAUGCACACUACUCAGUGUUCCAUAUAAAGAGAGAGAGAAAAAUAACAAGCAGCGUCCUGCGAGCCAGUGUUGCGAUUCCAGUUCAUGCAAUUGGCAUCCGUAAGGGGAAUGCAAGCGCAAGACACUAGAGUCCAGGGAUGCUGGUGUAGGUAGAGAGGGGGAACAAGGAAUUUACAUACGGCAUAGAGAUGAGAGCUCUCUCGUACCAUUUUGUACCUUCAAUUCGCAAUGAACUUUAGGCAAGGAUUGCCUUGGGCAAUUGAACAUUUGUCGGGUGAGAAGAAUCCAAAGAUGGAUCGGCAGAGGAAUAGAACAAUUUGAUAUAUUUCCAUAAACUACAGAUAUGUUUUAUUUUUUCUUAAUGGUGAGCUGUCACUUGUUGAUAGUAAUAUGGUAUUCGGCGUUCCGUUUU